AUGACUGGUGAGUGGGUUUUCAUUGAAAAAUUCGAUAAAAUUGAUCUGGUGACCUACUUUUGGAUGACCUACUUCGACUUGACCCCGUGGCCUAGUUUCCGGUGACCUAGUGGCCUUAUUUCUAGUUUGGCCUACCAUUUUCUAAGUUUACUUGACCGUGUGUCCUAGUUUUCCGCUUGUCUGACUCCGUUCUCUAGUUUUACACGACCCAGUGGCCUAGUUUUUAGCUUGACCUACACCGUGACCUAGAUUUUUUCAAAAAUCGAUUGAAAAAGUGUUCAGGAGCCCUACCGCGAAGGCACGGACUCAUCGGCGAUCACAUCUACAACUGGAAAGAAGACUUGAAAUUUCAAAAUUUCACCGCCGACUCGGAUUUCUCAAGGUUAGAAGACACUGUUUCUUUUUUUGAGGCACGUAACCUUUUAUUUUUCCAAUUUCUAGACAGUUUUCGUGAAAACGACUUAAAAUAGAGACCCAUGUAGAACUAGUUUUAUCGAAAGUAGAUCACUAGCUCAGAUUUUCCAAUUCUUGCAGAGACUGGUGGAAAAUCGAUCCGAUCUACACUUUGGCGCUGCGAUCCGCCGCCACUGUCGCCAUGUUCUUCUUUCCCGAGUGCGACGUGGAUUGGGAUGUGGUCCCGCAGAUCUGUGUGCCUCCGCGAACCGACGGCCGCACAUUUGCCGACGAAUCGCAGGCGAAACGGGUCGUCCAAGCGACCAAGUAAGCAUUUUUUGUUUGCCCUGCAAUUUCAAACCGUCCAACUUUCAGGGACCACGACCUGGUGCUCGUCUAUCAUCCGUGGAUCGGCGAGGAGAUUCGGCGGCGCGGAGUACAUCAUACGGGCGAGAAACAGUCGAAAGAGGUGCCGAGAUUUGCGGCGAGUCUGGAGCGGCUCACCGCGCAGGCACGCGAACGGGUCGAUCUGAAUGUGAUCGUCGUGUCGACGCACGGGUUUAUCGACGUGCCGAGGAAGAAUAUCAGGUGAUCCCGACUUGAAUAGUAAUAAAGAUUUGACACAGUGGCCUAGCUUUCAACUUGGCCCACUUUUUUAAAGGUGGUGUCCAACGUGACAUACAACAUAUUUUUAAAAUAAACUUCGAAGUGGGGGGCAUUCACUUUCUCAAAGUCCCGAAUUACGAAAAAAAAUUCCCCGAUUUUAAAGAUUUUUUUCAAAAAAGUUAAUGGUACCGAGAGAAGUACACGGCGAAAUGGAAGAGCCGGCCUAGAUUUUUCUAGUCCCCGGAUGGAAUUCCCCUUUUUUCUGAUUUUUUUUCUGUUUUCGUGCAAUUUUCUUAAAUUUUCAAUCGUUUUUUCACUGAGCACACAUAUUUGCAAUAUUUAAAAAAAAUUUAAGAUUUUUUCUGUGCCGUGACGCCAAAAAAAUCGAUAAUCUGAAACUUUCAAAAUUCAGAAAUUCAGCCACUUUUUGUAAAACUGAAAAUAGAAAGUUUUGGAUUUUUCGCAUUACUUUGAAAAAUAUAACUUUCUGAAACUCGCAAACUUUAAUUUAGACUCAGGAAAUGAUUGAGCGAUCUCUUUCUAUUUAUUUUUCAGCGCGCAAACCGAAGAUUGAGCGAAAAACCCGGAAAAACAACAAAAAAAAGUUUCAGAUUAUCGAUUUUUUUGGCGUCACGGCACAGAUAAAAUUACAAUUUUUUUUAAAUAUUGCAAAUAAGUGUGUUCAGUGAAAAAACGAUUGAAAAUUUAAUAAAAUUGCGCGAAAACGGAAAAAAUUCGGAGGAAUGGGAAUUCCAUCCGGGGACUUGAAAAAUCUAGGCCGGCUCUUCCAUUUCGCCGUGUACUUCUCUCGGUACCAUUAACUUUUUUGAAAAAAAAAUCUUAAAAAUCGGGGAAUUUUUUUUCGUAAUUCGGGACUUCUUGAAAGUGAAUGCCCCGCUUCGAAGUUUAUUUUAAAAAUAUGUUGUAUGUCACGUUGGACACCACCUUUAAUGGAGGCUUAAUGUUUAGCAAUCAAAUUUUGCAGGGUAUUAGACGAGUACAUCCCUAUGGAGCUGAUCGAAACGACGAUCGGAAGUGGAGCCAUCAAGCAGUUGAUGGUGAAAAAAGGCAAAACGCAUCAAGUGUACAGCCAGCUGCACCAUCACAACCCGAUCCCGAACGUCCGAGUCUACUACACGAACCCGAAAUCGGGCGACCUGCCCGAGCACUUUCAUCUAAAGAAGAGCGAUACGGUCGCGGACCUGGUCCUGCUCGCCGAUCCCGGAUUCGCGGUGGUUACGGUAGGUGCCGUGUGUGUGAGGAAAUGGAUAAUAUCGGUGUUUUUCUUGAAGAAGGACGAAACGAAACAGUUUCCAAAGCCGAAACUUCACGAGAUUCCGGCCGCCAUCGAUGGGUACAACAACGAGUUGCCCGACGUGUUGGGCGUCUUUUUGGGAUAUGGUCCUGGUGAGUUUUCGGUGGCCUAACUUUUCAAACUGGCCGCCUAGGCUACGAUAAUCUCAAUUUUCUGCCAAUUUGGAGAUUUAGUGAACGGCGGACUAACUUUUCAACUGGUGGCCUAGAAUUCUCCACGAGGCCCCUAGGUUCCUACUCUUUAAAUACCGUCGUCUCUUAAGAUCCAGCUAAACUCCAUCACCACCGGUCUAGGCUAAAGUGAUGCCAAUAAUCGCAAUCAGUUUGGACGUCUUGUUCAGCUCGACCUUCCAUGACCGGUGGCCUAACUUUUGUUGCUCUUGCAGCGUUCCGCGUCGGCUACCGCAAAGGACCCGUCCAACUGUUCGACGUCUACUCGCUCAUGUGCUCGCUGCUCUCGAUCGAGUGCAAUCCGACGCCCGGCCGAAUUCUGCGAAUCGACGACGUGCUCACGUCGGACACGCGCGUGUCCAUUCGAAAUUCCGCCAGUUUCGCUGGCUCUCCCGCCGCCGCCGCCCUCGUUUUCACACUUUUUUGCUCGUUUUGUGCGCAAUAAAAGAGAAAAAUGGAUCAAUUUUCAGGUCACCGCAGUUAAGAUGCAUUUAUCGCCACGUGGAAAUGGGUGAUAAAACACUCUAAACUACGGAGAUCCGACGAAAAGAUCGGACUUACCACUGCGGCCGGCCUAGAAAGGCCGAAAGACUGUAGAAUAGUCCGAAGGCCUGUAGGCCCAGAAGAAGUGAUGAAUAACGCCGAUCCGCCGCAUUUUUAUACUCACCAAAAACCAGGCGGAGCCUCGUACAGUACCACACACACACACGAGAUUUGCAUAAUCUGACACACACACUUUGCGAAAAAUAUAUGCAAUUUUUAUGCAAAUCCCAAAGGUGUCAACUCGAUUCACUCGACAAUAUCGACAAUACUCGAGCACAGAGACACACACACACACACACGUUGAAUGCGAGCAGCAAAAGUGGGCGGAGCCGAAAUGGAGAGCAACACGACGACGAAAAGUUCGGUGAGCCGGAGAGAAGAAGGAGAAGAAGAAGAAGGAGCAGGUGGUAUAAUUAAAAACGCGGAGGCGUGGGCCGAGAAGAAGAAGGAGGAGGCGUGGGGGAAAUUUUGGAAUUUUUUGCCCACGGACGGAACGUCGAAAUGAAUGAGGAUUUUCGAUGAAGAAUCCCCCUUUUAGCCUACUGUAGUUUUGGUGGUGGACGUAAGCAGAUUCUUACGUAAAACCUCUAAUCAACGUUAUGGACGAAAAGAGAGAGAGAGAGAGUUUGAUGCUCCGUCGAGCACAUCAUCAUCCGCUUUUUUUUGAUGACGUCGAAACACGGGCGCGCGGCUCAUCGAAUCGUGUAGAUUCAUGAUAAUAUUUCGACGGCCAGCUUUUGGGAUGAGAAAUGCCGACGAAUAGGUGGAAUUUAUGUGGAGAAAACCGAAAAACGAGGUACGUUGCCAUGGGCGACCAUUUUUCGAUUGAAAAGAUGGAUUAGUAUGGACGGAAAUGGAGGUGUGUGUGUGGAGGGGAUAUACGAAUUUUAGGUGACAACAAUAACAAUCGGGUUCAAGGCCAUAACUCGAGAAUGAGCGAUUCUGGAGCGAAAUGAUGAAUUACAAAGUUGUAGAGUGCAAAAUUUGCUGCAAUUUUUCAGUUGACAACUUUUUGAACGAGUGAUUGGUUCACGAGAUAUGGGCGCUCAAAGACAACAAACAAAAGCAAAAAGUGUGUGCAACUUUGAGGGACCAAAUCAAGUCCUAAAUGUGAUUGUUUGGAAAAAUGAUCAACUACAAAGUUGUAAAGCACAAAAUUGUCUACAACUCUUCAGUUGAUCUUUUUUUGAAAUAGUUAUUGGAUCCCGAGAUAUAAGGGUUCAAAAAUGAGGGGUCUCCAAGAUGUAUGGACCUAUUUUGCUCUCAAUUUUUCUCUAUUUCUGCCCGCUUCUCUAAGACAGUUAUUUCUAUAGUUUUCCACUCAUUUUCUUGUUUUUGUGGACAAUUUCCACGUUCCCAACAUCAUAAUCUUCCGAAAUUUCGCUCGGACAUCUGUCUUGACGCCCACGCAACGGAUGAAAUGAAAUAAAGUGGCAGAUGGUUGAGAGGUGUGAAAAACCGAAAGAAAAUGCGAAAAUUAAGGGUGUGAGAGUUGAAGAAUUCCAUGGAAACCAACGGAAAAUCAAUGUUUUCUCAAUUUUCGUUCACUUACAUAUUAGUCAACUUUAGGCGGAUAUUGUACAAAUUUGAGAUGACCUAGUGGCCUAAAAUUUUUUUAGGGAAUACUUCACGUCUGGUACUAUAUUUUUGUAGUUGACAACUUUCUUCCAAGACCACUCCCUGGGGUACUGUAGCUCUUGAAACUUAGGGUUAGUUGAUUGCCCCUCAAAAAGUAGUUCCAACUUUCAAGAGCUACAGUAGUCUAGGGAGUGAUUGUACAAACAAGUUGUCAACUAGAAAAAUGUAGUACUAGACAUGUGCUUUUGCUUUGUAAUUCACAACUUUUUGAUACAAUCACUCCCCGGGAUACUGUAGCUGUCGGAAGUUGGAUCACUGAUUCCACUGACCAACAAUAUUUGCCACAACAUCAAAAACCAGACACCUUAUUUUUCCGCUAUUAUCGGACUGGUAUCCAGCUGUGGGGGAACAGAAUUUACGCUAUCUUUCUCAAGAAAUUCCAUUAUAACUGGAAAAAAGAUCACUUUUUGUUCUCGACCCAUCCAAAACCGAUUUCCGCUCUUCUUUCAGUUGUUCUCCAAACUUUUUCCGUGUUUCCAGCUCAAUUCUAUGCCAUUUUUCACUGAAUAUUGUCCGUUUUCCACCCAAAUGCGCCAAGAAUGACCGAAAGAUUGAGGGUUGAGUGACGGGCGGUCGCCGCGUGGAUAUACAAAGUGACAGAUGUUACGGAAGGGGUCUGGGGGGCACCAGCUGCGCCCUUUUUAAGGAUUUUCGGGGAAGGAAAACGGCACCUGUCCCUCUGUUUUCUGGGUCGGCUCUCCUCUUUUCUCCACGUUGAAAAAAGACGUAAAUAAAUAAAUAAAUUCAAAUUUCCGCAAUUGGUACUACUAGCCGAUCUCGACACUUUAAACUAAUAGUAAAUCUUGAAACCGUGAAGAGUUGCAAAACGGCCGAUCGCUGUCCUGGACAAGUCCCGAGAUAUGCGGAUGAUUGGCCGAAAGCCCGAGAGAAAAGUCAUUUCCUUCGGCCCAUUUUCCUCCUUUUUUUUCGAAAGCUCCGGUGACCUAUAUAGCAUUAUAAAUAUAUUACAAGUGUACUUGUUUCUGUCACUUCGAUGAUGCGGAUUAGUGUAGCACGUUCUAGGCGAGUGCAUUAAUGCACUAAUGUACUUGAGAUUAUGGUGCGGAUUUGUACUUUCUCAUUUCGAAGAACACAUUGCCAGGGACUAGAAAAGCUAGGAAAUAGUUACGUUUUGAGUCACCUUAUCACACUCGCGUGUCUAAUAAUGAGUGGCUACUCGGUCAUGCGCACCGGCUUUGAUUUAUCACUCCUUCUCCUCGCUUCUCGCUUCAAAUUACCGCCUUCUUGCCAUUUUCGCCAAACUUUUGCUCUGAAAACAGCACGAAUUUGUUUGCCGGCUCAACUUUAUCACACACACACACAAGAGCACGUCGACCGACGGCGGCGUCGUUUCCAUAGAAAUCCCGGCCGUCUUUUUCUCGCUCUCCCUCUUUUUGGCUCGAAAAAGAGCCCCGGGCAAAAGGGGGGACAAAGAAGUCAGGCGGUCUUUUGUCUAUUAGCCGCUCUCACUUUUCUCUCUUUUUCUCUCCGUAGCCUUGCUUUUUCGCUGUGAGAAAGUUAGGCCAUCGUCUAGAUUUUCUGGAAAAUAUGCUAGGCUGUGGCCGUGGCCUAGAAAAAGUUAGGCCACUCAUCCAAAUCUGAUUGAAAUCUUUGGAGAAACUAGGUAAUUCGGCCGUGGCCGAACUUUUUCGGUGCGAAAGUUAGGCCACCGCUCCAGGAAAGCCGCGCGCGAUCCAUUUGAAAAAUUACUAUUUUUUAACUCUUUGCAAAUCCGCUUCUCCUGAUUUCAGAGCUCUCCUCGUCGCUCUGCGUCUCGCCACGCAGACGCGCUCUCUCCGACGCCGUCAUUAUUAUCCCGGUGAUGAUCCACUUUCAUCCGACGACGACACCGACGAGCUCUUCUCCAUUCUACUACCCAACAACUCAACACCAUUGAUGGAGCUCUCGCAAGAGGUUUGUUUUGGACGGCUUACAGAAAAAUGUCGGCAAAAAACUGCUUCGUCGAACGUGUUCAGCGCGAAAAAGUUUAAAAUUCAAACAUUUUGAUUGUGAGAACUUUCGCUGAAAACUAGACGGCCGCUUUGUUAUCACCGCCGCCGCUACAGCCGCUGAAAGUAUCCCGUUUGUCGCAGCUGUUUUCGUUUUUGUCCGCCGCCCGCAACGCCGCGGGUUCGAAUCCCACCGCCUCAAAUUCAUUUUUGCGUGCUUUCAGCUCAUCUCCAUCGCCGUCAUCUUCGCCGUCUGCGCCGUUCUCUCGAUCGUCUGCACGUGCAUUUGGUUGUGUCGGUGUCGGAAGGAUCAGAUUCGCGCCAGCGAGGAGAAACACGAUCGGGCGGUGCAGUUGCAGAAUUUCGAGCAGGAGUGAGUCAAAAAUGGUUUCUAUUCGGAUAUUAUUGUAUUUUGUUUGAAGACAAGCCAAGAAUGGAAGUGUACAAGCAUCCCUAAAGGCCGGAAAACGUUUGGAUAUAAUCGAUAUCGAAAGAUCCACUGAAAAUGUUCGCAUUUCGAGCCGCGAGGAUUCAUCGGCCAGGGAAACAAUCGGACAGGUCAGUUAGCCCACACCCGCUUCCUUUUAUAAUAUUUUUCAGUACGAAGAACGAGUUACGGGCGGAAAAACGGUGAAAUCCGUCGCGCAACGCUUCAAAGACAAAGAACAAGCUGAAAAUGUAUGAUUUUCGAAGCGAGUUUCAAACAAAUUGUUGAAAUCUUUUCAGAAACGCCUAGACACCAUAUCCGAAAUGGCCGUCUCGAAUGAUUCGCUACAGAGAAACGAUUCGAAGACGAACGUCUUCAACAACAACGAAUCUCGACACGGCUCAUCGACAGACGUCGAUUUGAAUCCGGGCCUGAGCAGUACGAUCAAUUUGGAGAAGAUUUGA